CAAACAACCAAUCAUAGGAACAAGGCCAUUAGUCAAAUUAUUUUGUCUGUACGACGUCAACGGCUGCUUAAUACGCUUGAGACUCCACCUGUUAAGACGCUUUCACUUGCACUCAACUCCCACAUUUCCGUCAUGGCCCCUCCUAUUGCUACAUUAUCAGCCGCUAUUGGGGUUCCUGCCUUGAUCCUGAUCUUGACUCACUUGAAAUCAUUGCCUCUUGCUUACACAUUUCGUUCAUGGCUGUUACUAAGAUCGCUGGUGAAACGGGCCACCAUGGCGCAACUGUGUCCUGACCCCUUAUUCACCGUGGUAUCGCAAGACUACCGCUGUUUACUCGAUGAUAUUGAUUACAAUCAGCAUAUGAAUAAUAGCACGUACAACAAGAUGCUUGAUUUCAGCCGUAUUCAUCUAUUGUAUGCAGUAUUUCCAAAGAUGAUGAUGGAGCCAAACCACAACAUAUUCGGGCACAAUGCUGGCGUGUUGACGUUGUUUAAAAAGGAGAUUGCACCUUUUCAGCAGUACACCAUCCAGACCCGGGUAUGGACAUGGAAUCAAAAAUGGUUGUGGUUGCAACAUCGGUUUGUGAUUCCCGCUGAAGGCGAUCAGACCGAACCGACCGUCGCGUGUGUGGCUGUCAGCAAGCUCGUGUUCAAGCGAGCUUCAGGCAAAACCGUGAGCCCCGCCGAAGUGCUCGAACUGUGCGGACAUUUCGUCAACAAUCCAACUGUCGAAGAACGUCGCGCACGCAACUGGGAAACCGCCGCCAAUCUGCUCAAACUAGAUACUCUCUUUACAGACCGCGAUUCUUGGGAAAAUACAUUAUGUCUUUCCAUGCUCUAAUGCCGUUCUCCUAACAUAGCCUGGCGCUCGCAUUCCACAGCGUUUUAUUAUAUUUGUGAAUAAAGAUCAGCCAACCAUUCGAAAGGGGACCUGUACGAGUACAUAGUGUCUGAAUGCAUACAGACUCAAAGUGUUUUUG